CCACCAGACAAGGUGGAGAUAUACACAGUCGUGGUGGAUGUCACUGCGUUCCUCGAUGGUCUCAACAAGAUCAAGAAAUGGGCCAACCAAACUCUGAAUCCAAACAAUCGUGCGCAGGACAGUGUACUAGAAGUUCUUGUUCCCUUGGAAAGGCUCAUCACAUAUGAACAUGCAAGCACGCGAAUCGAUCCGUUUCUUGGACCAGCAUCUUGCUCGUGAAAAGCCAAACGAUACCACUUCCUCUUAUCUCCGUACCCAAAAAAUCAACGAACAGUUGACGGAAUGGAGUCAAGCCGAAGCCUACUGGAUCGGUGAAGAAAGCCGAGCAAAUAUAGUCGACGCGCUUCUCUCGGAUGAUGACGAUGAGGACAAUGGAGACAAGGUCAUACAUGAAAGUGAUGUGGAAUCAUUAUCGUCCAGUGACGAUUUCUUUGGGUCUCGGAGACGCCAGUUCGACGAAGACGAUGAUAGCUCAGAGGAUCCUAGUAGUUCAGAAGAAGUGAGCGAGGAUGAUGAAGAAAGCGAGGAAGGAGGAGAUAAUGAAGAUGAUGAUGCUGCCGUCGCCGCUGUUACACGGUUUAGCCAAGUACCCCGAGCAUACAUACCCAUUAUCAGUUGCAUGCUCUAUAACCUCAAGGAACGAUUGGUGUUGGUCACUAAUGACGAAAAUCUAGCAUGGUGGGCGGAAAUGUUUGGUGAUUCUGAAACAGGACGACGACUGUGCGUGAAAACUGUGGAUGAAUGGGAUCAAAUUGUACGCACAAUGAGCUUUAACAAGACCUACGCUUAUUCAUGGAAAAAAAGAUAGACAAUAAUGAAAAUAACGAACUUAUUUACAUCAUCGUCAACAUUACUACUUUUACAAUCUUCCUUUUGUUCCUUUGUCUUUUGAUUUGAUUUAAUGGAGCAAUAUGUGUGGUUUUUAUUGUUGUUCAAAACAAGAAAAGAAUUUAAGCCGACUUCUUGGCCUUGGAGACAGCAGAGCCAACAGC